CUCGGUGUCUUGGUCAACGCUUUCAGCUGGCUUAUUCGUCGCCCAACUGCCCGCAGCCAACAGCUACCCUCUCAACACCAACAGCAGCAAUAGCGGCUAACUAUCUCUGUCGUGGUAUUUUUGCGUUUAGCGUGCGUUUUACUUUUCGGAUGCUCGAAUUGUCAUUCAUCGUUCGGUCAUUGCGAUCAGCGUUGCUUCAUCUGCCCACUAAUUAUACUGGAUAUUACUUUUAUCCGUUACAUCUGUAUCUAUCCGUGCGUGUCUAUCCGAGAUUGCGACGAUUUGUCGGAUCGCUGAUUCUUCGAGGACUGUUGUCGUAUCGAACAGAAGUCUGGGAGAUUGCAUAUUGCCACUUGGAUACGAGCAAGUCCGUAAAAUCUUGGAAAGUCCGUCACAGUUUUGUAAGUUCCGUUAUAUUCACGACGACUCAGAAAAAAAGUUGAUUGAUCCCUUCUUUGAGUGUUCUGUGAGACCAUCGAGCAGGCAAGAAAUGGCUCUUGUCGGUGCACCCUCGAGAAUUAAUCGCAGUGAUACCAGAUUGACCGUGGAAAGCAUCACUUUUAGCAGCAACUUGACGACUCCUUCAAUUUUUCUGAAGGCUCUCAGAAACUUGCUUGCGCGGACCUGUCUCGCCAGACAGAUCAAAUACUGCCUGUUUUCUGUGCUAAAGAUGGAUGUCAGUGAUCCACGCGAACGCAAGAAGCCCCAAAGUAACGUGAAUAACAUUGGCAGUAACAACAAAAACACUAACGCCAGUGCAAAAAAUAAACAGCAGCACCAGAACAAAAAAAAUAAGAAAAAGGAAAGCAAUAAUAACAAUAAGAAGAAGAGCCAGCAAGGCGCUGUCGGUGGGGCUGGCAGUGGAGAGCAAGAAAAAUUUAACCAAUGGAAAAAACGUGAUGAAGAACUGGUAGAUGACCUAUUUGAGAAAGAACUUCAAGAAGCACUCUUGCAGAGCCGGCUUGAGCAGGAAGGUCAAAAACAACAACCUUCGCCAGGCCCAACCGUAAACGGAGAUCAGGGCCUUGCUAACCGCAGAAGUCGAGUAACCUUAUCUCUAGCAGAGUUUCAUGAAAAAUUCGCAGAAGAACCCGCCGCAUUACAGCCAUCCCGGGAGCCACUGUCAAAGCUGUUGGCUCAGAUGAAGCAGCAAGAAGAGGAAGAGCAGGCCCUUCGAAGACAGGCGGCACGAGAGGCAGCUGCAAUCCUGACUAGGGAAAAAGUUGCCGACGAGGUACGGGAACGAGCGCAACAACCGCGCGUUGUUCCUCAGGAAGAGUAUGAUCGAAUGCUUGAAAUGAAGAAAAAACAAAUUGAGCACAUGGCCAAGGUAUUAAACCAGACACACAAAGAGAUGGCCGUACUACAAGAGCAGAAUGCAGACCUCGAGUUCAUGGUGUCCAAGGGUGAGAUGAGAAAGAAGGUGGAGUUGAUCCGCGAGGUCGAGGAGUUGAGGUUAGUUAAAGAUGAGCUGACCGAUCAGAUCGCCCAGCUGCAUGUCUCACUCGAGCAAGAGAAGUCAAAGGCCAAGGUGACAGGUUAACAACCAGGCUGUCCAUAGCUGGAGGAAAGAAGGCCAGUGAUGAAUGAAAGAGAUACAAUUUUUGCCUCGGAACGACCUCUACAUUUGACGACACGCAUGUUCUUGAAAUAUAAAAUAACUUAAAUUACACUAAAUGAAAAUAACAACUGUCUUACGCUUUUGGGAAAGGUCUAUUUAUUAUUCAGGUACAACUGAUUUGGUAACAGUUUGGAAUGUGCAUUUUACGAAUUUUUAUAGCUUCCUGUAGCAGUAUUUCACUCAUAAGCGAAGGCGUAUUGGCAAAUUAGAUGACUACUUAAUAUCAUAUUGGAAUACGCAUAAUAGUAUGCACUUGUCUAGCCCUGAGUAGGCCAAACUUUUGUGGUAGCGUAUAGCAGCUAAAGAGAUUCGAGUUACAAACCUUAAUCUUUUGGUCGAAUUAAAUGUAUUGUCCCUAUAGGUAGAGUGUUUGGUCACAAGAUUUGCUAGCUAUGCAGGAAUAUCGGCAUUUUCAUCAGGUAUCAAAGGACCUUUGUGGCUCGUCAUAUCCGUAUCGAAGUAUUUCACUUAUACGGUUGAACGGCCAUAAAAAGUCUUCUAUGGAAGUCGUCUUUAACUGUUUCUGGUAGACGAAUCCAAAGAUUGGUGCAAGAACUUUCGAUACCCCAUAUGCAAAUUUCCAAUGAAAUUUCUUGUUAAUACCCCUCUCAACUGACUCGUAAAUACGUUUGUUAACGCGUUGAGCUAGUCCACGGUCAGAUUCUGCGCUAAGGAGCGUGUUCAGAACUUAGGAGACCGUAUGACAAUUAUCCUAUUUGACAGUAUUCUAUUUGCUGAACUUACGCCAAAUCAUUGAAUUUCCUAGGUACGAACAAUCUGUCUUCAAUAGGCCUUCUAUUUUUCUUAACUUACUAUUUAUAUCGUAGUUAUG